UUCGAGCACUACCGAUCAGCUGUCCACAAAAACCACAAAGAAGAAGAACAUAGGUUAUGAAAACACGAGCCGCUCAAAAUGUUGAGAAAAUCGUUUAGUAACCUGCCACGUUUUGGCCAGAUGUGCGGUCUGGCACGACGGAUGCAGAGCUCACAACCGGAGCAAUCGGUGGAAACGGAACCAGAGGACAUCGCCCUGGUAGAACAGCGGAUACUAAAGCAUCCGGACUACUUCCAGGUGCACAAUCUUUUUACUGUGCGAGAUCUGUUCAACGCCCGUGUACAUUAUGGCCACAAGGAAGGCUCUUUGGAUGAUCGAAUGCGUCCGUAUUUGUUUGGCAGUCGACUGGGACAUUUGAUCUUCGAUCUGGAUAAGACGGCGUCCCAUCUGCGGGAUGCACUAAACUUUGCUGCCCACAUCGCCUUCCGAGAUGGCAUUAUCCUGUUCUUCAACCGCAACGCUAUGAACUCCCAUCUGGUGGAGCAGAAAGCCCAGGAAGCAGGAGAGUUCUCGCACACUCGCUUUUGGCGAGGCGGAAUCUUUACCAACGCCAAUGUGCAAUUUGAUGCCGUCACCCGGCUACCCGAUCUUUGCAUUUUCCUAAACACCCAAAACAACGUGAUGGCCCAGCAUACGGCAGUUAGAGAUGCCGCCAAAAUGGCCAUUCCCACGAUUGGAAUCGUAGACACAAAUUGCAAUCCCAAUUUAAUCACCUAUCCAGUGCCCGGCAACGACGACUCUCCGGCAGCAGUAGAACUUUACUGCAACCUCUUUAAAGAGGCUAUUCUGCGAGGCAAGCGGGAGCGACGACAAAUCCUUGGCCUACCGCCCUUGGACGAAUCCCAGCCGCGGCGUAGUCGUAAACCCAAAAAAUAGCCUUAAGUUGGUUUUGUUACAUUUAUCUGAAUACAAAUACCUAUGCCCAUUGA